UCCGGCCAGGCCGUCGUCUGGGUGGCGCGGUCGAGUCAUCGCUGGGCCUCGCCGCUUCGGUCUCUCAUCCCUCCCCGCGCUCAGGCGCGGGGGGUCGACCAGCCAAGUGAGGUGGGAGGCGACUCAGACCUUUCCCUCCACUUCGUUUUGGCCAGCGCCCCGGCUACUCGCCCUGGGGCCCAGUCUGAGGGGCCGGGGCCUACAUCGGCCCGCCGCUGGGCCUCAUGAGGCAUAGCCUGACCAAGCUGCUGGCAGCCUCAGGCAGCGACUCCCCAACCCGCAGCGAGAGCCCGGCGCCAGCCGCGACCUGCUCGCUGUCCGCGGACCUGAUCCGGGCUGCGGCGGGGGAGAAAGAGACGGCGGCGGCCGGAUCUCUUGGCCGCAAGCAGCCGCACGGCGACGUGGGCGAGUGGGAGGCCGGGACGGGGAGCCGCGGCGGCGUGGCCGUGCGCGCGCCCUCGCCCGAGGAGAUGGAGGAGGAGGCGGUCGCCGGCGUCCCUGGGGAAGAGACCGAGGAUAUGGACUUUUUGUCCGGGCUGGAACUCGCGGAUCUUUUGGACCCUCGGCAACCGGACUGGCACCUGGAGCCCGGACUUAGCUCGCCUGGGCCUCUCUCCUCGUCCGGCGGGGGCUCGGAUAGCGGCGGCCUGUGGAGAGCGGACGACGACGACGAGGCCGCGGCUGCUGAGAUGCAGCGCUUUUCCGACCUGCUGCAGAGGCUGUUAAACGGUAUCGGAGGCUGCAGUAGCAGCAGUGACAAUGGCAGCGGCGAAAAGAGGCGGAGAAAGUCCCCGGGAGGAGGUGGCGGCAGCGGCAACGAUAACAACCAGGCGGCGACAAAGAGUCCCCGGAAGGCGGCGGCGGCCGCUGCCCGUCUUAAUCGGCUGAAGAAGAAGGAGUACGUGAUGGGGCUGGAGAGUCGAGUCCGAGGUCUGGCAGCCGAGAACCAGGAGCUGCGGGCCGAGAAUCGGGAGCUGGGCAAACGCGUACAAGCACUGCAGGAGGAGAGUCGCUACCUACGGGCGGUCUUAGCCAACGAGACUGGACUGGCUCGCUUGCUGAGCCGGCUGAGCGGCGUGGGACUGCGGCUGACCACCUCGCUCUUCAGAGACUCGCCCGCCGGUGACCACGACUACGCGCUGCCGGUGGGAAAGCAGCAGCAGGACCUGCUAGAAGAGGACGACUCAGCGGGAGGAGUGUGUCUUCAUGUGGACAAGGAUAAGGUGUCGGUGGAGUUCUGCUCGGCGUGCGCCCGGAAGGCGUCGUCUUCUCUUAAAAUUUUCUUUUUUAGGUGAUUUCCUUCCUGCCAGGCUCCGUUGUAGGGGUUACAGAACAGUCGUUCCCGCCUCACAACCUGACUUAUGUGUACCUAGCUCUUCUGUCCCCAGUGUGGACAUGGCCUUGGAUGACAUCGGUUCCAACUGUACACUGAAACCUGCUUAUAGAGAUACAGUUUGGAGACAGUGAAACAGGUGAAGUUGAAUGGAAGUUCCGAGUUGUACAAGGUGCAAAUUGGAAUUCCAGUUUUAGAGCAACUUUUCAGAGGUUGACAUUAAGUAUUUGGGGCAUGCACAAAUGUGAUAGUUAUUUUGCUGGUGAUGACAGAUAAUCUUAAAUAUUCAAGAAUACCUUUUAGUUUUCAGUAGAAGAUACAGAAAUACAAACUAUCCAGAGUAACAAAUUUUAAUAUCUCACCAUUAGAGAAGUUGGAAAUUAACACACACAUAUCAGACUUCUGUGUUUUAGUUAAUUGGAGGAAGAAUAAGAAUGGUUAAUGAAAUGUUUCUUUGAGGACCAGCCCAGUGAUUACCCCAUCACUGAGUAUGAAUAAAUUGUCAAACACCUUUAUUUUUGUUGUAUUAAAAUUUUAGGUUAAAUUUAUGUAUGUAUGAUUAGAUAUUGAAGGUUGUGAAAUGUGAAUGAAAACAUGUAAAGUGAGGUUUCACAAAGAAUCUUACUCUGUAUUUCAAAAGUAUUUGUCCUAUUUAAAAGUAAUUCUUAAAAUUGAGUGGCUCUGGCCACUUAAAUGACAUUGAUUGACACUAUUUUUCCAAAGAUGGGAUGUAUUCUUCCCUUGAAGUACUCUGUUAACUGUUGUCCAGUUAUAUAAAUUGAGUUGUGGUGUCCUUCAGGGUAAGAGGCAUUAAAUUCUUUGUGAAACAUCACUGUUUGAUAAAGUAUAUACGUAUUUAGCAUCCUUGUUUUUCUUUGUGCUAAAGUGGAUACAGCUGUUGGGGCAGAAGAGACGGGACCAGCUGCUGGCCACAUUUCCUGCUUUAUUUUAAAAGGUAGUAUAAGAAAUGAGGAAAAAGAGGUAAUAUCAGGGCUUCUGCUGUCUUUUAUUUUUAAAAUGUUCAUAAUUAAAAAGUUUUCCAGCAGUCCAAAGAUGUAAGUUAUCUUACACAUAAAAUGUUUUAUUUUGUUGUUAUUUGGUAUGAAAAUGGAAUCCUUGUUCUUGCACAACUGUAAACGUUUUGUUGCUAGAUAAUACGAUUUGAGACCUAAGUUGGUCUCUGGUUUCCAGUGCAUCACAGCAUAUUUUGUAAAAUCAUCUACUGCACUUAAGCAUGAAUGGGUAGUAGCCAAACUCACAACUUGGAGUAAUGAACCUGCUUAUACCUAAGGGCAGGAGCAAGCCCCUCACAAUGCAGCUGCAUGGAUUUUUAGUGCCUACUGAAUUAUAUAUAUAUACAUAUAUAUAUAUAUUAAAAAAAAACCAAAAGUAGUUGGAAAGAUUAUUUGAAAUGACUAAUUUGUGCUAUCUUUAUGAAAUAUGUUAAAUGUAGCUUUUUGAAACAGAAGCCUUGAAUUGAAAUUUAACUAAUACUUGAACAUUUUGUAUAUAUUUCUUUGUAUAUAAUUUUGUGCAGUACCAAUGACAAAAAUAUGGUGUCGUACGUAAUAAAACCAGGUUUGUUGAUCUUUCAGUUAUGGGCUCAAAGAAUUUAUUCAUCUCUAACAUGAAAUUGAAAAAUAAUGGAUGAAAAUAGGAAAAAUUAUUGUUGUUAAUAAUGACUGUGGGUCUUAAUCAAAAGGUUCUGGAAGCAGUAAGUUUGUUUUUUUAAAAAUUAUACCAUUCCCUUGGAAUAUUUUCUUCCUUAUGUCAGUGCUUUUCCUGCAUUAUUGGAAGUUUGGGGCUGGGGAGAAAGUAGUCAAAGCUUUCUGAAUUGGGAUGCUUUGAAAUUCCAAGUGUAGGUUUUUAGAAUGUCAUUUUAUAAAUGGCAGUUUUUUGGAAUUACUUGAUUAAGAAAUUUUGAAAAUGGAAAGAUUAGUAUGGCCUAUUUUUAAAGCUGCUUUGUUAGGUUCCUUAUGUUUUGAUUGUCUUUUCUUAGUUUCCAUUUCAUUAUUUUUUUUCUAGUUUUGGUGACUUAGUGAUUUUGUCAUUUUUUACAUCAACUUCAUGGUCUUGUUUUUACAUGAUAAUUGCAUGUAUUUAGGACCUCUCUAACGGGCUUUAAAUAAAUUUGGUCAUAUUUAUGUGUAAGCACAUUUUACUGUAAAUGUUUGGGUUUCUGAAUUUAAACAGAUCUGUUUAUUUCAGUAUGUAGUAAACAAUAUCUUACAGUGUCCUUUUCACUACUUGUUAAUUAAAAAAGCUAUGAUUAAUAUGAAA